UAGCUACUAUUGUUUCCAUUUCUUCUCCAUGAAAGUAUUGACGUACCCACUUCUGUGCCAGCGAUCCUUUCUUGUAACUCUGCUUCAGUUUAGCACGAGAGUGAGAGUGUGAGCUGAUUUCUUGUCCAUUUGGCCUUUAUGCUUUUCUGGGUUAGUUUUUUUGGUCAUUGAGAUCCAUUCUGCUUCGGGAUUCAUUCUUGUUGGAAUGAGAUCUAUUGGCUCCUGAAGUUUGUUGGGUUGUCUAGUUUGUGAGUGUUUUUGGGUUUGCGGGAAAGUUGUUUCGUCUUUGAGAUUGUUGCCAAAUUAGGCAGUGAAAAACCAGGUAGCAGAACUCUCAGGGGCGGGAGUCUGGAGGUUUGAGUUGAAGAUUGUGGUGUGAAGCCUAAAGCUGAGGACUGGCGGGUUUGAGGAGGAUAAGGGGAACGAAUGAGGCGUAAACCAAUCGCUUUUUGCUGUGAAACUGGUUUUGGCUAAUGAUUGAAGGACGGGAGUCUUCUGGGUUUGUGAGCAUUCUCGUUGAUGGUCUGUCUAGUUAGCUCAAACUCAGAGAAUAUAGGCGUUAUUUAGGUUGACUUAGAUGGGUUUUGUUUGUUAGGUGGGUAAAGGUAAGAAGAAUGAUAUUUUGCGGUGGAUGCUUUGUGGUGUGGGAGUCAUUUUGGGAGCAUUUUAUUUCUUGAUUGUUCUUCCCAGAGCUUGUAUUUGAAUAUUUGGUUGUGACUGUGAGCUGAAUUACACAAGUUCUUAAAUCGUUGAAAUGAGACUCUCUUCAGCUGGUUUUACUCCUUCACCCCAGGAAGGAGAAAAGCGAGUUCUAGAUUCUGAGCUUUGGCAUGCUUGUGCUGGCCCUCUUGUUUCCUUGCCGGCUGUUGGAAGCCGCGUCGUGUACUUUCCCCAGGGUCACAGUGAACAGGUUGCUGCAUCGACUAACAAGGAGGUGGACGUCCAUUUUCCCAACUACCCAAGCUUACCUCCCCAACUUAUUUGUCAACUUCAUAAUGUGACUAUGCAUGCUGACGUAGAGACGGAUGAAGUAUACGCCCAGAUGACCUUGCAACCUCUGAAUCCUCAAGAACAAAAGGAGGCAUACCUUCCAGCAGAGUUGGGCACUUCCAGUAAACAGCCAACGAACUACUUCUGCAAAACUUUGACUGCUAGUGACACGAGCACUCAUGGGGGAUUCUCUGUUCCUCGUAGGGCUGCUGAGAAAGUGUUUCCUCCAUUGGAUUUCUCUCAGCAGCCUCCUGCUCAAGAAUUAAUUGCACGGGACUUGCAUGGUAAUGAAUGGAAAUUCAGACAUAUCUUCCGGGGCCAGCCUAAACGACAUCUACUUACAACAGGAUGGAGUGUCUUUGUAAGUGCUAAGAGGCUUAUUGCUGGUGAUUCUGUGCUGUUUAUUUGGAAUGAUAAGAAUCAAUUGCUUCUUGGUAUUCGACGUGCCAAUCGACCACAAACAGUGAUGCCAUCAUCAGUGCUCUCAAGUGAUAGCAUGCACUUGGGGCUUCUUGCUGCUGCAGCACACGCAGCUGCAACCAACAGUCGUUUCACCAUAUUCUACAACCCCCGUGCUAGCCCAUCAGAAUUUGUCAUACCCCUAGCAAAGUAUGUUAAAGCUGUGUAUCAUACCCGAGUUUCAGUUGGCAUGCGCUUCCGGAUGUUGUUUGAAACGGAGGAAUCAAGUGUCCGGCGAUACAUGGGCACAAUCACUGGUAUUAGCGACCUGGAUCCUGUGAGGUGGCCGAAUUCACAUUGGCGAUCAGUUAAGGUUGGCUGGGAUGAGUCCACAGCAGGAGAUAGGCAACCUAGAGUCUCCUUGUGGGAAAUCGAGCCAUUAACAACAUUUCCAAUGUAUCCUUCCCCAUUCCCUCUUAGGCUUAAACGACCAUGGCCUACUGGACUGCCUUCUUUCCAUGGUAUGAAGGAUGAUGAUUUGGGUAUGAAUACUCCACUGUUUUUGGAUAGAGGGCUUCAGUCUCUUAAUUUUCCUGGAAUUGGGGUUACUCCUUGGAUGCAACCAAGGUUUGAUCCCUCCUUUCUGAAUUUGCAAUCUGACAUGUACCAAGCCAUGACUGCUGCUGCACUUCAAGAUAUAAGGACUGUAGAUCCUUCCAAACAGCAUGCAACAUCCCUGUUUCAAUUUCAGCAACCACAGAACUUCCCCAACAGGACUGCUGCUUUAGUGCAGGCUCAGAUGAUGCAGCAGUCUCAACCUCAGCAAGCUCUUCAAAACAAUCAAGAGAAUAUGCAACCAUCUGAAUCUCAGGCUCUAAGUCAGACUCAUCUUCAGCAUCAAAACUCUUUCAUUAAUCAUCAUCAUCAGCAGCAGCAGCAGCACCACCACCACCAGCAGCCACAACAGCAACAUCAACAGCAAAGUUUUUCUGAUCACUCCAAUACUGUCUCUACAAUGUCUCAAUUUGUUUCAGCACCUCAACCUCAGUCGCCACCGGCUCAAGCUAUUCCUUCAUUGUGCCAUCAGCAAAGUUUUUCUGAUUCAAAUGGGAACAAUGUAACUGCUGCUAUGGUUUCUCCCCUCCAUAGUAUUUUGAGUUCUUUUCCCCAGGAAGAAACUUCCCACCUUCUCAAUAUUCCUAGGACUAGUUCUUGGAUUCCUGUUCAACCUUCUACUGCUACUGCUACUUGGCCUUCCAAGCGUGUUGCUGUGGACCCUCUUCUUUCUUCCGGAGCUUCUCAAUGUGAUCUGCCUCACAUGGAUCAGAUAGGGCAGCGCCAGAAUACACUGUCUCAAAGUGUGGUUACCUUGCCACCCUUUCCUGGAAGGGAUUGCUCGAUUGACCAAGAAGGGAGUACUGAUCCACAAAACCAUCUUUUAUUUGGUGUUAAUAUAGAGCCCUCAUCUCUUUUAGUGCACAAUGGGAUGUCAAGCCUUAAGGGGGCUCGCAGCAACAUUGAUUCCACAACCAUACCAUUUCAGUCUUCUAAUUAUCUGAAUACUGCAAACCCUGAAUCUGCGUUGAAUCCUGCAAUGUCACAAACCAUUUGUGAAUCAGGAUUCUUGCAGGCCUCAGAAAAUAUGGGCCAAGGAAAUUCUCCAAAAACCUUUGUAAAGGUUUACAAGGCAGGGUCCUUUGGAAGGUCGCUGGAUAUCACUAAAUUCAGCGGCUACCAUGAGCUGCGUCGCGAGCUUGCUCGCAUGUUUGGCCUUGAAGGCGAGUUGGAGGACCCUGUAAGAUCAGGCUGGCAGCUUGUAUUUGUUGACAGAGAGAAUGAUGUUCUUCUCCUUGGUGAUGGCCCUUGGCCGGAGUUUGUCAACAGUGUAUGGUGUAUCAAGAUACUUUCCCCACAAGAAGUGCAACAAACGGACAAUAAUCGUCUUGAGCUUUUGAAUUCAGUUCCGAUUCAAAGACUUUCCAAUGGAACAUGUGAAGACUUUGUGAGCCGACAGGACCCAAGAAGUUUAAGCUCUGGGAUCACAACCGUGGGGUCUCUAGACUACUAAGCUGUGUGACAGUCUAGAUUCUGCAUUUUCAUCUGUCUCCUGUAAUAUUAUUAGCUUUGCUUCCUUACCUUUCGCUAAUGGCGGGAAGUUCUGCUUAGUUGUAGUUUAUAAUCUUUGCUCACAAGCCUUUCGUUUUUGUUUCUCCCUGCUAGGACCAUUCAUAAGGAUAUAUAAGUACUGUAAUUAUAUUACAUUUCACCCUUGUGCUGAAGUACAUGCAAUAUAUGACUUGUUAGGAAA